AUUUUUCCAAUUCCAGUCCAUCAAAGCCGACUGCACCAGAACCCUAGACGCAGUCGGCGUUACAUUGGUGAAACUCCCCGGUCUUAAACUCCCGCCAAACGCCGAAGUGGUUUUCCGUAAACCCUAGUUGCAGGGCAGCCUGUGCCCUGUGGUGGCGGGUGGCUCCGUUGUCGCAGGAUGGGGCGCGGGAAGGAGAAAAGAGAGCGGGAGGAGGGAGCCGACGACACAUCGGCGCCGGCCGCUGACGCUCAGCAGAAGGAGAAGAAGAGGAGGACGCUGCCAUCUGCGAUCAAGAACAAAGAUAAGAGGUCCGCUGUCCAUUCGAAGCUCAAGCAUGAGAAGAAGGUCGAGAAAAGAAAGAGGAUUAAGGCCCGGGACAUUGCCGAGAAGAAGGCCCUUGAGCUCGGCGAAGAGCCUCCACCGAGGAAGAUCCCUCGCACUAUUGAGAACACUAGGGAGGCCGACGAGACUGUGUGCAGACCUGACGAUGAAGAGUUGUUUGCUGAUAAUGAUGCAGAUGAACUCAGUUCCAUUCUCAAUCGGCAGCGUACUCCGAAGAUACUGAUCACGACAUCGCGAUUCAAUUCAACGAGAGGACCAGCAUUCAUUGAAGAACUACUAUCGGUGAUUCCCAAUGCUCAUUAUUAUCAACGUGGGACUUAUGAAUUGAAAAAGAUCAUAGAAUAUGCUAAAAGCAGAGAUUUCACUUCAGUCAUUGUGGUCCAUACCAAUCGUAGAGAGCCAGAUGCCCUUCUGAUCAUUGGACUUCCUAAUGGACCUACAGCACAUUUCAAGCUCUCAAGGCUUGUGCUGCGCAAGGAUAUCAAGAAUCAUGGAAAUCCAACCAGUCAUAAACCGGAACUCAUAUUGACAAACUUUACAACACGUCUAGGACAUCGUGUUGGGAGGUUGAUUGCAUCCCUUUUUCCUCAAGAUCCAAAUUUUCGGGGUCGACGUGUUGUGACUUUCCACAACCAGCGAGAUUUUAUAUUCUUUCGCCAUCAUCGGUAUAUUUUUGAAAACAAAGAAAAUAAAAAGAGUUUAGAGAAAGAUCAGGCUAAGAAGGCUGACAAAUUAUCUCAUGAUAAUCUCAUUGCUCGGCUUCAGGAAUGUGGUCCACGAUUUACGCUAAAAUUGAUUAGUCUGCAGCAUGGAACUUUUGAUACAAAAAACGGAGAGUAUGAGUGGGUUCACAAGCCUGAGAUGGACACAAGCCGCCGGAGAUUCUUCUUAUGAUUGAUGCAGGAUCAGACUGAUAUUUGCUUGGAGAACGAGCAAUUUUGUGGUGGAGUUCAAAAUUUUGGUGCAACCGCCUCUAAUGAGUUUGCAGCAUGAAAGGUGUCAGAACUAGGCAUGUAAUUGUCGUGUCAGAGCUCCUGUAUAUGACAACAAUUUUGGUGCUGAACUAUUGUUCUAUGUUUAACAUAAUCUUGCCUUUUUUCUUUUGCCGUAUUUGUAUUGUGUUCUUGGUUGAGAAAUGAUGUUACAAUGACAAAAUUUAUGUCUAAUAAAAUGCAAUUUACAGCGAAGCUUGAUAAACA